UUUCGAUAUGGAUAGGUGCUCUAGCUUAGUGGGGGUAAUGUUCGAACGAAGCAGUAACAAUGGCAGCGCCCAUGUUGUCAAAGUUGCAAGUUGUUUGUAAUCAAUUUCUAAGGUUGUCUUUAGCGUCAUCUGUGAAACCAGUACAAUGCCGAUGUCUGCACACACAGAGAAGCGCACUUCUGUUUCGUGCUACAGCUCCACUCGGAGCUGAACCAAUGAAGAAAAAGAGGCGCUUGGACCCAACUUUGGCCUUACAUCGGGAACAGAAGAAGAGAAAAAGAAUAGAGAAACAAAUCAAGAGACUGGAGAAACAGGGACGACAACUGAAGCCUGUGAUGGAGAUCGAGGGAGAUCCCAGACUGAGAGCAGAAACUCAGUUACGAAAGCGCGAGACCAGUGCUCUGUUGUUUGAGGAGGGUGAAGCUCGCAUUGCACUACAUAAGUCGUGGUGUAAUUACAAGCUCAAACAGCACAUCCACGAGCUGACCAUCAUAAAGCUGGCUACUGAGGACCAACAGCGGGCGCUGACAGAGCUGAGGAACGAAUCGGAGGACCUGUAUCAACAAGCCAUUCAGAUGGAUGAAGGGCUGAUUCCGGUGGUUUUACAUGGACCCGUGCACACCCCACCCAUCGGGGAUUAUGAACCUCCUGAUGGAGAUUACAUCAACACAACUAAAACAUUUAAAUAAGAACUGUUUUCUUCCCAGUGUUAAACAUGAUUGUAUAUUGUAUUUUCUUCAAAAUAGUGUAACUUACUAACCAACUACAUAACUAGGAUGUCUGGCACAUAGUGAAACAAAUAUUUUGUUCAAAUCCAUCCACCCUUCACUCACAUCUGAAUUUACCUGACAACCCUACCUACAAGGCUCAAAUUUUAAUUUGGAAGCACAUGUUCAGGGCUCGAAACUUGCCAAAUAUGGUAGCCCCCCAAAUAAUAAUGGAUGUUGGCAAAUUAAGGUAAGCAAACCAUGAACCACGAGCAAGAUUUUAAUGUGGAAUAAAUAUAUGCAAUACAAAUAUUAAUAGUGUCUCAUAUGUUAUAGCUCUAAAGAAGAUUGCCCAAAUAAUGACGCCAUUACUUUUUAAUAUUUAAGUUGCCCAAACAGGACAUUGGUCGCAUAUGGCGAACUUGCCACAGGCCGUUUUGAGCCCUUCAUAUUCGAAAUUAAAAAGUGGUUUGAGAUAUUAGUCACAAAAUUAGUCUCCUUAUGAGACUCGUAAUAUAACUUUUUAAUUUAACAAUGUUGAAAACUUGAGAUAAACAUGGAUAAAAAAUCUGAACAUAUCUGAAAUACUUAAAAAAAAUAAUAUGCAAAAUAAAAACCGAUUAUAAAACGGAUGAUCACAAAUCACAUUUUGUGAUUUUUGAGUGCCAUUUGCUGCUCUAAUGUUUAAAUGUAUAUAAUAAGGGUCCAGGUUCAUUAGGAGGGCAUGUGACAGACAUUUAAUGACUGAAAGGUGUACUGUACAGUAGACCUAUACCAUAAACACAAAAGAUAAAUAUCUGGUUUUAUUGUAUGGCCUUUGGAUUGUCAAUAAAGGUUUUAGAAUUGUG